AUGUUGAAUGAAGGGGAGAUAUUUUAUUACCUAAAAAACGGAAAACUAAUCCUCCUAUCGAAAAAUGAUAAGGAGGUAGCAGAAUUCAAUAAUACUAGACCUAACAUCAAUAUUAGAAACUCAAAGGAACAGAAAGAAAAGAAAGCUUACAUAUUCAUUGACUCUAAAAAUGCCUACGAUGCAGUAAACAGAGGAGCUUUUUAAAGGACUAUAGAAUCGCUGUUAAACUCCUCUAGAAAGAAUAAAAAUUCAUUUGGAAUACUUUAGAAACUGUUCUUCAGAAACGAAUAAAUAUACGGAUGCCAGAAAAUUUAGGUUAAUACAGAUUUGGCUGAAAAAGGAGUUACCAACUCAUUCCUGUUAAAUCUUUAUCUAGAUUUUGCAGUAGAAGCAACCCGACUCUAGAGAGUGCAAUUCAACGAGAAAAGUUAUGAGCAUUCGCAUACGAUGUCCUCGUCAUAAUGA